GCGGCUGUGAGGAGCCCCCCGGCCCGGCCGCCUCUCCACCACCCCCCCCCCUCCCCCCCACGUCGCUGGUGGGGAAGCGCCGGGCCGAGGCCGGAGCCGGAGGACAUGGACAAACUGACCAUCAUCUCAGGAUGCCUCUUUCUGGCCGCCGACAUCUUCGCCAUCGCCAGCCUGGCGAACCCGGACUGGAUCAACACCGGCGAGUCCGCGGGUGCUCUUACAGUUGGCCUUGUGCGACAAUGUCAAACCAUUCAUGGACGUGACAGAACCUGUAUUCCUCCACGGUUGCCUCCUGAGUGGGUCACCACCUUAUUUUUCAUCAUCAUGGGCAUCAUUUCACUGACUGUCACAUGUGGCUUGCUAGUGGCUUCGCACUGGCGAAGAGAAGCAUCUAAAUACGCACGCUGGAUAGCAUUCACUGGAAUGAUCCUAUUCUGCAUGGCAGCCCUAAUAUUCCCCAUAGGAUUUUACAUCAAUGAAGUGGGAGGCCAACCUUAUAAACUGCCAAACAACACAGUGGUUGGGUCAUCUUACGUCCUGUUUGUUUUAUCCAUUUUCUUUACAAUAGUGGGACUCCUAUUUGCCGGCAAAGUGUGUUUACCCGGCUGACGAAUAUAGAGACACCUGCUUCACUCGGUCAUGAAAGAAAGUAGGACAUCUGACGCAUUCUCGGGAGGAUGUCAGUGUCGGGCUGUUACUGUCUUACUGGAACAAGGAGGUCUCUGUUUUCACUAUGCACUUUGGAUUUUUUAAAAAUGUUAUUUUAUUUUUAAAACGGAGAGCCUUUCCUAUAACCAAAUACAGACAACCUUGACUCAUCUCCUGAGCAUCCGGAUACGGUCAGGUGUGCACUGUGAUAGGAACUAGUGUAGAAGAUUUUGGUUUUUGUUUUCUGCACUGAAUAGCAUUAUUGUGCCGCCCAUCUCUUCGCCCUGUUGCUGUACUGUACCCAUUUAAAAAAUAUCUUGACAGUUUUCGCAAUCUCAACAAAGUAUUUAUGAACUUUGGUCAACCAGAGGUUUGCCAAGGAAAUAGGAAGUGGGGCUGGCCUCACUUUUGUUAGGAGAUUAGCAUCUUCCUUCUGUGCUGGGCAAGAAGCAUAUGCCACCAAAAUCAAAAUGAAAAAAAAAAAACCACACAGAUCAAUCUUAUGUUACCUGUACCCAAAAGCCAAUAGAUCAAAGGUGUUCUUGGAAAUCUGUUACAAUAAAAUGUCUAUCUGCCGCUGUC